GAACGCGUUGUCUUUACGGGCGUCACGGCCUCCAAUUGUUUGUUAGAAGUUAGCUUAGCAUAAAACGAGUUAGGAAGGAACCCAAAAUCACUGCAAGUACAAGUUUUAACAUGCGUGUCUUCUGUGGCUUCAAGGAGGCGGAAUUGUGGUCCCCAGUUUAAAGCUCCCGGGUUUGACCAAAACACUCUGCAUAAAUCAGCAGCUCCACUUCCAGCUCACACAGUGACGCUUUCCAUCCAUCAACACCUUGUGAAUCUGUGCAGCCGGGAUGUCAAAUUCGGACAGGGUUGUGUUGGCUCUGGGAGGAGCGGGAACAGUUGGCUCUGGAGUGGUCAAAGCGCUCCUGGAUAAAGGCUUUAAGGUGGCAGUGAUCUCCAGGGACAGCAGCCGGCUGGAGAAACUCCGCUCCUUUGUCUCCUCCAACAACAAGAACAACCUCACCACCAUCGUGGGGAACGUUGGGACGGAGGAGGGAGCGGAGCAGGCGAAGGAGGCCCUGCUGACGGAGGUGGGGAAGGUCACCGACAUUGUUUCCUCUUUGGGCUUCAGCUGGUGGCAGGGUGGCCCCCCACACACCCAGACCCUCAAAGACCUCCAAUGGGUCAUGGAGACGCUGCUGCUGAGCACGUUUGUGUCGUGGAAGGCUUUCUUCCCGCUGGUGAAAGACAACUCGGACUCCACCUACACCUUCAUCACUGGGGGCGCUGGAGAGAAGCUGCUGAUGCCCGGAACGGGCUUCCUGACGGUGGGGGCUGCGAGCACCCUGGCUUUCUGUCAGGUACUGAGGGAGGAGUAUCCCGAGGUGCCCUGCAAACUCAACCAGCUAAAGAUAAACACGGGCGUUGGUACUCCAGAGCGCAUGGCUCCCGGCUACCUGAACCAUCUGGACCUGGGUGAAGCCGUCACCUCCCUCGUGGAGAGACGAGACACCUCCCACACAGUUUUCACCAUCAACUGCCCCGCAGACUUAAAGACAGUGAUCCUGGAGGGGAACCUUUAGUCUGCAGCCCUACAGUCCUUUCUUCACUGCUUCUGCACCCCAAACACGUCUGUUUUCGUUAUUUACCCACAACUUCAAACUCAGCGCUGACAUUUUUUAUUUUACUGUCCUGUUAGAUCUUAGUCGAUUUGUGUUUUAAUCUGCAUGAUGGAAGAGAUUUUCAUGGUGCCAACAAAUGUCUCUGUGACUUUUCAGUCUGCUUUGGAAAAAAAACAACAAUAAAGAACGGAAUCAGAGAUA